AUGGAGAAAGUAAGAAAGACCUUUUUCAACCCACUGGCCACUUCGAAAGCCAAGGUGGUAGAAAUCCUCGAAGCUCUUCCAGUCGGCUCGGCGCACCCUUUCAGUCCGGAACAGAUUCUUCUUUGUCGGUCGGAGGAUGGGAUCACUGAGAUCGACAUCUCGUCGUAUCCAGACGACUUCUUUUUCAAUGCUCUUGACUUGGGUGAAAUGGGAGAGGUUCUUUUGAGACGAAUGGCCAGGUUUCGUGAGAUUGACAUUUUCAAGGACUUCCAGAUCAUGCAAGCGCCUGAUACGACAUUCAAGAUUCCCAUAGUCUCAGAUCAAAUUACCAUUCUUGCGGUUUCCGAGAGGACCCCGAAUUACUGGGACUUUUGCUUCGCGGACGAGGACUGCAACGCAUGCUGCUGGCUGGAAAGGAAGACAUUUAGCGGAGUCACCCACAGUGGGGAUAUUCUCCAGGGGAACGAUCUCCUCGAUUUUGUUUGGAUCAACAAGGACUCUCUAACAGAGAAAGAGAUAUGCGUGUUCAUCUCUGGCUACCAGACCACCCGGAUUUCGCGUUUCAUGGGGACACACCCUGCAAUGCUUGUUGCAGACCAUGUGGACAAGAUUCUCUAUAUCAUUCCAGUACCGUUGGAUGCAGCGACAAUCGGAGAUGCGACUAUUUGUUGUCCCCUGGUAAUAAAACGUGAUGAGGAUUCGUUGAUUUUCUCAAUACUCCCGACGGCGACCACCGACCGAAACAUGUUCUGCCAAAGCAAGAUAAUGAACAGCCCUGCGUUCCCGGAAGCCAUCAAGCGUGCCAACUUUACUAUCGCAGCAAAGGAGCCAACAAAACGAUGUGAGCAUGACAUGGAAGGAGCUAUUAGAUCUUCAAAAAGAAGGAAGCUUACAGAGACAGAUCAAUUAGAUGAUUUGGCGGAUGCGGAUGCCGCAACGACGUCAAGAAACAUAGACAAUAUUGUCAACCACAGGAAUGCUGUUUUAACCACCUAUUCGGCCACCAUCCCCUCAUUCCUCGACCAAACAGAAGCCCAGAUUAUACGAUUCGGUUCGGGUCUCGAAUUUGAGUUGUCCAGCAACGAGCUAUCGACACAAACCAAAUUUUCCGGUGUCGUUCUUCCAUGCAUAUUUGGCUCUGAAUUACAAGGCCCAACUCUACUGGCAACGGGAACGGCUCCCUCCAACGUACCAUUCUCCAACGAAAGCUCACUCCGAGAAUACUACAAGAAACUGCAAAGCGCCGUGGUGAUCGUCGACGAGAAAAUGACUGACAAUGCUCGCAACCUCGCAUCUCACUACCGAAUCAAUGCACUUUUCAUUGUGCAGCUCACCCCCAUAACAGAGCCUAAGAAUCCAGAUGCUGUUCUUUCAUUGAUGAACUCCGCAAAUAUCAAUGCUGUAACUGCUCUCGCAGGACCGCAGUCCUUGGUCUUGGUUCAAAUCUGCGAUAAGUUCUACUUCUACCGAGGCAUCGCCAAUCUUGCACACCUGGAUACGUCGGGACUGGAAUUCGGCGUCGAUUUGACAUCUCUCCUCCACACAGUUGGAAUGGAAUCCAUACUUGAUCCCCGGGCUCCCCGGAUAGUCAGACUUGACGAAGAAAAUUCAAUUCUUCUUCCCGCGUCCGGCCAAUUUGUUCAGCCUCAAGCUCUGCAAAAGGUGCUCGAAGAAAUAUCGAUUGAGCAGAUCCAAAGCUUAGAGCGAGACAUCUCGGCUGCCGUUCCCCAACUACAGAUGCUUCUCAACCAGAAAGACUUGCAAGAACUCUCAAAGUCCCUGGUAGCCACCUUAUCUGCAAAGGUCAGCAACGUAGCAGCUCCUCUGCGAGAAAGAUACACCCGCUUUUUGACAACCGAGUACAAUGUCGACAAUCGAGAGUCUGUGUUGAUGAAGAACAAUCUACUCGGGGAAUUGAGAAAGGUUACGAAGGAUAUGCAAAAGACCCUCGAGCCGAUAAUUUCUUGCUUGGCUAAUAUGAUAUCGUCCCAAACGACCUCCAAGCGAACACACGACUUGAAACGACUUGUUCGUCAGACAACCAUUCAGAAUAAUGUCGAGGCCGCGAAGUCCAUGACCUUUGAUGCUCUGUCUGGAUAUCUCGAGGAGUAUGCAGAGGAUAUGGGAGUCAUGCUACUAAAUAUCGAAACGGCAACCUUCCGAGGGCUAUUGGGUAACCUGAAAAACAAUUUGAUUGAUGCUAGCCCGUGCUGCGCUCUAGACUCUCGAAUCCUCCACCUCCAAGGCUUCGACGCCGGAAUCCUCAUCGAACAGUCCCAGUCGAAACACGAUGGUCCCCUCCAAAGCACAGCCGGGGCCUCCCAGCCUAUCCUCGCUCUGCCUUACCUCAGCCAGUUGUCAGGAACAGGAUCAAUGUUAGCAUGGGUGUGUUGGGACGAAUUCGUCAACCUCAAAAGCCCCUACAAAGUGCGCUGGAUGGAGAAAUGCAACGAGCCACAUAUCGCCGCCCUUCGAAUCAUCAUGAGAAAUACCCUAAGUCAAGCCGUCGCGUCAAGAGAAUACAAUCUACAGCCAGGCUCCAAUGAAACAGGCGCACUGAUGAGCGCUCUCUUAAUGGCAUCUAUGUCUAAGCUCGCAGCAAUGCGCACAUCCCGACCUACAGAAAUAGUUGGAAAAGCCGAAGACACCGUUACAAGACUCAUGCGUGGGCUUUUUGGCAAUCUCUUGACUAUCGCUGGGUCCGGACUCCGUCCUCUGAGCAUGGUCUGGCAAUUAUUCGGUCAACAUCCUCAAUACGAUAUUCCUGCUACAAGAGGCGACUGGGUCUGGUACGAGACAGUUGUAAAACUGUACCCGUACACGGGGUGGCCACUUGCUCAAUUCCACUCCAAUCUGGAGAAACUACUGGACAAGGCCGUAAUCCGGGUCGUGACCAAGAACGAGAAUAUCGCGCAGAUCAAAGCAUCUCGAACGGAGGAGAUGACUAAAUUCUGCAAACUUCGGAAUAUUUACCUCACCCAUUCUCGAACAAUUUUAACGGUUUUCAUGCGUAUGCUCACAGCCAACAUGAACAACGGUACCGAAAUUGACAUCGCUGCCGUUGCAACACGUCUACUAGCACACAUCCCCAGACACUAG